AUGGGCUCGGCGGCCGCGCUGCGCGCCGACUGCGAGGCGCUGCUCGGCGCCUUCCAGGAGGCCGACACGGUGCGCUACGAGCGCUUCGCCGAGCUGUGGCGGCAGCGCCGCUUCCACGCCAUCUUCUACGGCAGGAUAAGGGCGCUGGAGAGGAACAAGUUCACCAAGAAGGUGCUGGAGCUGGCGCAGCAGUAUCUCCUGCCGCCCUAUGCCUUCCAGAUCCGCGUGGGCGCCCUCUACCUCCUCUACGGCCUCUACUCUACGCAGCUCUGCCAGCCCAAGCAGAAGAUCAGAAUUGCACUCAAGGAUUGGCCUGAAGUCCAGAAGUUUCAACAGGACCUGAUAGAGUCCCAGCAUUAUGAUGCAGCCUAUGUCUUUAGGAAACUGCGAGUUGCCAGAGCUUUCCAUUUCACAGCCAUGCCCAAGCUAUUAAACUACAGAACUAAGAAGAAGAUCCAGGAAAAUGAAUUUAAAGAAGAGUUUAAGGACCCAAGUAACCGAGUAAACAGCCUCAUCACUAAUGAUGUACUAGAGGAACUGAUGAAUAUUCAUGAGCAUUAUCAGAAAAUGAAGUGUGUCAUUUCAGCUGACAAAUCUCAGCCAGACAAGGCYCUGAGCCUGAUAAAAGAUGACUUUGUAGUUAAUCUUAAAGAUAUAACUUUGGAAUAUCAGGAAUGGCAGCAGAAGAGAGUGAAAUUAUUCUUAGAUGCUAAAGAAGCUGAUGAAAUACUAAACAGAGAGGAAGAAGGGACCUCUCUAGCAUCAGAAGGUUCUGAAAGAGCAAAUGCAUUGGCUAAGAUCAAGUACAGAUCCUAUUCUGCAGUUGUUGAGGCCUCCAAAUCCAGAAGACACCGUCAAGUGAAACUGGAAUCUUCUGACUCAGGAUCAGAUUAUGGGAAAUCUCAAAGCAGAAGUAAAAAGAAUAGUAAAAGACCACAGAUGGCAAGGAGUAAAAGUUCUGCAGGAAUCCAAGGUGCCAUGAGGAGAACGAAGGAAACUGUUACUAGGCAUGUUGGGAUGCCUGUAAUCACAGAAGAAGACACCUCAGAUGAAGAAGUACUACUUCCCAAGAGCAAAAGAAGGCGUUAGAGGAUCCAGUUGGAGGAGCACCAAUGUGAAUUUCAGAGACAAAAUAUAAAUGCCAGAAAUGACAAAGUACUUGGUUUGGAUGUCUAUGGCUGCAUGCCCAAGAAAUGUCUGCAACCAGAACAACAGGUGACACGAAUACUGAUAACAACAGUAUUUUAACUGUCUAGUAGUAAAAGCACCCAGUGUUUUGAGGACAAGCAGUGCUUUUUGUGGGACACAAAGUUGCUCUGCCCCUGUUUGACAUGGAAAGGGACAGAAGAUGGUUAUUUCUUUUAUGGAGUUUGUACAAUAUGAGCAAUCACUUAGAACUUGGGUUGACUUGCAAUGGUUUUGUGAGCAGUUUUUGCCAGCUUCGCUUACAGAAUGCUUACUGAUACAAAAGAAGUUUGGAAUCUUACCCUAAAAUUAUGGUAACUCUCUGUUUAAGGCUAGUGAAAUAAAUUUUUUUCAUAGUUUA